UAGUAGGCGAAUUAUCGGUGGUUAGGGAUGAAUUCAGGUGUCGUUUGAACAGCUGAGUGUGAUUGUGUAAGUUAUAAGAUCACCGGUGAUUUUUGUAUUGCGUUGGUUUCGCUUAUUGCAACCGAUGUUAUCCACAGAGUGCAUACACGAAGGACAAGCUAUUUUUAAGGUAGUCCAGGAGAACACAUUCCAUUAGUUGAUCAGAUGCGAUACAUUAUCCAAAUGGUAAUACAGCAGAUUGCCUUAACCCUCUUGCUACAGUUACCAAGGGCCUAGAAUAUUGUGAAAGUAGAAGCUCAAGUUAGAUGUCGGUGCACUUGAAAGGCUACGAUUCACUGAAGAACCACUAGUGGUUAAUGGUAUUUGCUGUUUGUUGACAAAGAACUUAGAUCAUCACUGGAGUAAUCAUUCAGAAAGUUUAUAUGUCUGUGCACUUGAAAGGCUACCAUUCACUGAAGAAUCAUUAGUUGUUCAUGGUGUUUGCUGUGUGUUGGCAAAGAAUUUAGAUCUUCAUUGGACCAAUCAUUCAGAAAGUUUAUGGCAGCAGAAUGGCUAGCCAUGGAAGUGUGAUUGUAACACAAAUUAAAGCAGAAGAUCAUUGUGAAGCAUCUUGCUCUAACACUGCGUUGUCACACUGUCCACCUUCACCACAUAUCUACUCACCUACAACAUCAGGACUAACCAAUGGCCAAACAGAUCUUGAUUUUGUCACUAGUGGAAGUAUGGGUCCAGUUGUGGGUAGCAGUAAAAGUCAUUGCUGGUCACCUGAUGACAAAACUUUGGAUCUCUACCAGAGUGAUGCAGCAGAACAUUCACCAUCACCACCUAUUAGCCCAGAGAGCCACCACCAAGAGAUGUUCUGUACGAGCACUACUAUGGCUAUUGAUGGGCCAACUGGCCUUGCUGUUGUUGGAACUUCUGAUGGAAAAGUAGGUGACUGUCCAAAGAGAUUGUGUUUAGUAUGUGGAGAUGUAGCUUCAGGAUUUCAUUAUGGAGUUGCAUCAUGUGAAGCUUGUAAAGCCUUUUUCAAGAGGACAAUUCAGGGAAAUAUAGAAUACACAUGCCCAGCAUCAAAUGAUUGUGAAAUCAACAAACGAAGAAGAAAAGCAUGCCAAGCUUGCCGUUUUCAAAAAUGCUUAAAAAUGGGAAUGCUUAAAGAAGGUGUUCGAUUAGACAGAGUACGUGGUGGCAGGCAAAAGUACAGAAGAAGUGCUGACCACCUAUGUAAUGUACCAAGUUUGACAUUAAAAAAGCCAUCUUUAGAAGAAAACAAGCUUUUGUUGGCUCUCAUAAAUUGUGAACCAGAACCUCAAGUGGCAGUUGUAAAUCACUCAAUAACUGACUCUCAAACUAGAGUCAUUACUACUCUUAGUGACCUGGUGGAUAAGGAACUUGUAGCUACAAUUGGUUGGGCAAAGCAAAUUCCUGGUUUUACAGAACUCACUUUGAAUGACCAGAUGAGGCUGCUUCAGACAUCAUGGGCAGAAAUAUUGGCUUUAUCUUUAGCUAACAGGUCUCGCCAGCUCUCUGGCUCCUUGCCCAAACUGAUGUUUUCACCUGAUUUUAUUAUGGAUGAGCAACAGGCCUGCGACUGUCGAGCUGAAGACCUCUUCAUGCAUAUUAUUCAGCUUGUGCUCAGGAUAGAACUUGUUGGCAUGGCUCAUGAGGAAUAUCUUCUAAUCAAAGCUUUGUUACUUACCAAUGCUGAUAUCCACUUAGAAGAUGCUCCUUCUGUUCACAAACUUCGGGACAUUAUGUUGAUCGGGCUGCAGGAAUGUGUGUGUGUGUUGCGGCCAAAUAAUGCCACACAGCAUCUGAGUCAGUUGCUGCUCUGCCUGCCACUGCUCAGGGAAUUGGAUGCUGAGAUCCGUCGAUUCUGGAACAGUGUUCGCCAUGAAGGGAAGGUAGCCAUGAACAAAUUGUUCAUUGAAAUGCUGGAAUCUCAUAUCCCAUUGCGAUAAAGCUGCCACUUUAACUUGUUAUUGUAAUUACAUUUGUAUGCCCUGUGUUGCCAGAUGAAGCCAAUUAGAGGGUGUUUGUUGUUCCCUGUUUGAUGGGUUUUACAUUUCAUCACUCAUAUGAAAACUUUCUGACAAUGACAUUGCUGUGUUUGUAUUUCAAUUGUUAUUGCAUUUCUCGAUGCAUUUUCAUAUUUUACUGUUUAGAGAAGACACAAAAUGGUAACAGAACUAUACGUGCAGAAAGUUUGUGUACAGCUAAGUUAGCUGUAACUGUUGCACAGAUUGAAAUAUGAAAAUUUUAUUUCAGAUCAUUCAUGAAAGUACCUGAAUGGAGAGACAUUUUUAUUUUUGUAACUUGGAUUGUGGACAAUCUCAGGUUUCAACUGAUCAAUCAUGAAAAUGGUAUCUUAGCAACAGACAUAUGUUGUUGCUAUUUUAAUUUUGAAUAGCAUACAGGUGGUUGGUGCAUCUUAGUACAAAUAAUAGAGUUGGAUGUUUUGUGAUCUUCAAGAACAUGAGAAGAUUAUUUCAAGAAGUGUUUUACAAUAUUUUGGUUGAUGUGUUAGAAGUAAGUAGUUUAGAAGGCUGAUUAGGGUUGGCCACCUUGUCCAAAGGGUUUAAUGUCCCACUGAUGGCAGUUGGGCACAGUUAAAAAAACAAAAAGCUGAAGGAAACAAAGAAAAUAUUAGGAAUAGUGAUGAUAGUUUUAGAUAGAAAUAUUAAGAAGAACUGAAGUAAUAAAUAUGUGUUGUGCCAUUCAAUUAAAAGUCACGUAGAAGCACUUUCAUAGAGGCAACGAAAUACUUAGAAGUAUAAGUGCUGGUUUCAGUGCUGUGUUUUGGUUUCUCUUGAGUUAUGGUGAGAUGGUUUCUAAAUAGCUGUUUGUUUUCCUGUGUAUAACAACACAUUUCCCCGUCCAGAGUCUUCGCAGCAUGUUGCCACACUGUGAUAACAUUGUAGUGUAAAGCAAUCACUGAUACUGAAAAUGAGAAUUUUUGAAAACCAGUCAUGUUAUAAGUUCAGAAAUGUGAUGUUUAUUGUAACUGUUGAAUUAUGCUUCAAAUCAAGAAUAGAAUUUUAGUUUAUUGUUAUUAUUCUCACUUUUCACUGACCAUUUCAUAACUAUGUCUACUUUGGAUAAUUUUUCUUAAAGCUGUACUUUUCAUUUCAUAAGAACAGGUAUAAAGAUGUUGUAGAACAUUCAUUAUGAUCAUUGUACACUGAGAUGAUUUUUCCAAUAUUCUUACAAAAGACUGGAAUUAGUAACUUAAGAUUCAACUUGGCUGUCCUUCACUAUUAGAACAUUAAUAACUUAGAUUAUUACAAUAAUUUGGUUAUCUGAUCAUUAAUUCAGCUAUCCUGUUCUACUGUUCCUUAGCUUCGUAUUUUUGACUGGUUAAAUUAUUAAUCUGACUUAUUAACAUAAUUAAUGUGUCUAGCAUUUUAAACUAGUUUACAAUGGCACAACAAAACAUUCUGCAUCAUGACACUCGUUAACUUACUAAUCUUACUUGCUCAUUAGCAUUGUUUGUUAUUUGACUAUAGUAUAUUUGUUGACUAAGCUUACUAUCUUAUUACAAUAACAUAGUUAAUUGGUGGGCUCAUUAUUUUUGUGUAUCUUUUUAAUUUCAUUUAAUUUGGUUAACUGUUGGACUUACUUUUACUUUAAAAUUAUCUAGUUUUCUGCCUUGAUUUUUCCAUUUUUUCUUGUUAAUGUACUGUUGAUUAAUAGACGACAUGAAAACCUAAUUUCUAAAGCUUGUAAGGGGUUGUUGUGCAAUUUUUGUUGUGGUAAGCCUUAAAUGAUAUCUUGUGCUCAGUAAAUGAUUGGUGUUCAGAGAAAUCCUUAGCAGAAUAUCUUACCUUUCUAAUGGCUCUUGAACUGUUAUGUUUAUUUUAUCAUGACAUAGAGUUUAACUGAAAAAUUAGUGCAUUUUUUAAGGUUUCAGUAAAUAUGUAAGUUGCAUAAACCUUAAAUGUAGUUUGUAUACAUUCAUGAAGGAACAGGCAGAUAAUCAGAAUAGGUACGAAAGUAUUUGAAUCCUUUAUCACAUAUGUUAGUGAAACUUUUCUUAAAAGAAUUUCUAAGCACUCCUCUUUACACAGUAGACAAUUUUUUUCUUUUUUUGGGAUGACUUGACUUAUAUAAAACAUUCACACACAAAGUAAUAUAUACGUACAAGCUUAAUGUCUGUAAAGGGCCUUGUUUUUGAGUUAACACCACAGUGUAUGAAAGGAAAAGAAGUAUUGUGUUUUUGCUUUUAGAAUUUGCAUUUCAAAUAUAUUUUCAUGUUCAUAAAAUUCUCCAGGACAUCCUAAUAUUUGAAUAUGAGUUUAGCCUGGAUUGUAAAAGGACAUUUGAAUACAUCUUGCAAUACCAAGAAUUUUUUAUAUCUAGUGGUUAGACUUUGAGGCUGUCUUUCAAGUGUUAAUCAUAUCACCAAGGCUUAGUGUAUUAAUUGAGUUUUAAUUCAACAAUAGCUUGUGUGAUAGCAGCUGUAGCAUGCAUUUAGUGCUUGUUUAUACUUUGUUGACUACUUUUUUAGUGAAGCAAAAAGAAGCAUUAUAAUUAGUUGGUUUUUAGUGGUUAUCAGAGGCGUAGUGCUUGCUAGUGCACUGCUUAGCUUUCAAAGACUGUGUUUCAUGCACUACUAGUAUUUUUGUAUCUGUUCUAUUGCUUAAAUUAUGUUGUAACAUAUUUCCACUUUGCAAUUUUACCAGAUGCAAUUAAAGUUCUCUUUAUGUUAUUACUA